AACUGAGCUGUUCGGCUAACGGAUAGCGGUUCAAUCCCAAAUCACUCCAUAGUCCCUAGGGAAGUGCACUAGAUGUGCUUUGUGAUGACUUCUAACACACCAGCUAGUGCACACUGUAGGGGGGAUGGACAUUUGGGAUGGAGCCUUAGUAAAUUGUUUCAGGUAGUCGAGCCCUGAGGGAACUUUUUUCCUUAGAGAUCGGUUCGAACUCUUCUUCUUGUUUGUUUGUUUGUUUGUUUGUGCAAAACUCAUUUCUCUUAUACAAUUUACACUCUAUCGAAGUUUGUAGAUUCAGUAGAUUUUGUUAGCAUUUAACUUUUCUUUUGUAUGAAAUAUACUUUCAGUCUUUCAGGGUGUGGCAGCUCCUCAUCUUAGUUUACUCUUAAAUUAAUUCUUAUUUUUAACUAUCUUGUUGUUUUUAUAAUGGAAAAAAGAUUAGAUUUUAUCUGUUUUAUUUCCACAAUGACUAGAUACAACAACAUGAAGAGGUAAAGAAGCGCGUGCAGGCAGGUGGGGGGGUGGAGAAAGGUGUCUGGACUUCUGUGUGAUAGAAAAAUAUCAGAGAGAAUCAAGGGGAAGGUGAUACAGGACAGUGGAGAGACCGGCCAUGCUGUAUGGUUUAGAGACAGUGGAGAGACCAGCCAUGCUGUAUGGUUUAGAGACAGUGGAGAGACCGGCCAUGCUGUAUGGUUUAGAGACAGUGGAGAGACCGGCCAUGCUGUAUGGUUUAGAGGCAGUGGAGAGACCGGCCAUGCUGUGUGGUUUAGAGACAGUGGAGAGACCGGCCAUGCUGUAUGGUUUAGAGGCAGUGGAGAGACCGGCCAUGCUGUAUGGUUUAGAGGCAGUGGAGAGACCGGCCAUGCUGUAUGGUUUAGAGACAGUGGAGAGACCGGCCAUGCUGUAUGGUUUAGAGGCAGUGGAGAGACCAGCCAUGCUGUAUGGUUUAGAGGCAGUGUCACUGAGACAGAGACAGGAGUCAGAGCUGGAGGUAGCAGAGCUGAAGAUGUUGAGGUUCUCUUUGGGAGGGACACGGUUGGAUAGGAUUAGGAACGAGGACAUCAGAGGGACAGCUCAUGUUGGACGUUUGGGGGACAAAGUUAGGGAGGACAGAUUAAGAUGGUUUGGACAUGUCCAGAGGAGGGACAGUGAGUAUAUUGGUAGGAGAAUGUUGGACAUGGAGCUGCCAGGCAGGAGGAAAAGAGGAAGGCCAAAGAGGAGGUAUAUGGAUGUAAUAAAUGAGGAGAUGAAGCUAGUGGGUGUAAGUGUUGAGGAUGCAGGAGAUAGGGAUAGGUGGAGAGAGAUGAUUCUCUGUGGAGACCCCUGAAGGGAAAAGCCAGAAGAAGAAGAAGACGACUGUAUAAAAACGGACUGUUACAGAAGCCAUGAAGCCAUGCUCACUAGUGGGCGAGAACAUGCAGCUGAAUGAGGACUCCUGUGAAAGCACCGUGCACAACGAGCUGAAAAUCAUCUACAUUAAAGAAGAAGAGCCUAACGAUGAUGAGUAUCUCUACUGUGAGGACUGCAGAUGCUUUUUCUACAACAAGUGUGAGGUUCAUGGUCCAGCUCUCUUCAUCCAUGAUACCCCUGUUCCCAUGGGGGUCUCUGACCGAGCCAGACAAACCCUCCCUGAUGGUCUGGAGGUUGGUCAGUCUGAUAUAUCAGGUGCAGGCCUGGGAGUGUUUAAUAAGGGGAACACCGUUCCAGUUGGUGCUCACUUUGGGCCUUACCAGGGAGAAAUGGUAGACAAAGAGGAAGCCCUGAACAGUGGAUACUCUUGGGUGAUCUAUAAGAAUGGACAGUGUGAGGAAUACAUAGACGGCAAAAGAGAGAUGUAUGCUAACUGGAUGAGGUAUGUGAAUUGUUCUCGUAACGAUGAAGAACAGAACCUGGUGGCGUUCCAGUAUCGAGGGGGGAUCAUCUACCGUUGCUGUCGACCCAUAAAACCAGGACAGGAGCUGUUGGUGUGGUAUGAGGAGGAAUACGCUCAAGAUCUCGGCAUCACCUUUGACUACCUCUGGAGCAACAAGUGCUCUGCAAAUGAAACGAACGACGCUCUGCGAGUCUUCUCCUGCUCCGUGUGUCAGCUUUCCUACACGGCUCUGGUUUACCUCCACAGGCACAUGAGACGAUGCCACCAUGAGGAAUAUGUGAGAAUGUUGCAGCAGGACGAGAUUAAAUCUGAGAAUCUAGAGACCACAAGCAGCUCCAGUAAUGAGCAGGUGUCUUCUCAUCACAGUAACACCUUUCGGGAAGAAAUACACGACUGCCCGGAUUGUGGGAUGAGUUUUACUUUACCGAGUCAUCUGGAAAUACACCAGCGCGUUCACACGGGAGAAAAGCCGUAUCCCUGCCCACAGUGCGGCAAGAGUUUUACUCAGCAGAGUAAUCUCCGAACACACGUACGCAUUCACACGGGAGAGAAGCCGUACCGGUGCUCGCACUGUAGCAAGAGUUUUACUCACCGGAGCAGCCUCCAUCUGCAUCAGCGCAUUCACACAGGAGAGAGGCCCUACCACUGCCUGUACUGUGACAAGAGCUUUAUACAGCAGAGCGCUUUCCAGCAGCACCAGCGCAUUCACACCGGAGAGAAACCCUAUCAGUGCUCGCAGUGUGGGAAGAGUUUUACUCAGAUGAGCUCGCUCCAGCUACACCAGAGCACUCACACGGGAGAAAGGCCGUAUCAGUGCUCGCAGUGCGGGAAGAGGUUCACGAGACAGAGUCAUCUCCAAACACACCAGAGCACUCACACAGAAGAGAAACCGUACCGGUGCUCGCAGUGUGAAAAGGGUUUUACACUGAGGAGUCAACUCCAAGCUCACACUCGCAUUCACACCAGAGACAAGCCGUAUCCUUGUUCACACUGUGGGAAGAACUUCCCUUUCCUGAGCCAUCUCCAGAUCCACGAGCGCAGUCACACCGGUGAGAAACCGUUUCACUGCACGGUGUGUGGGAAGAGCUUCAUCGACAGAGGCACUCUCAAAACGCAUCAGCGCAUCCACACGGGAGAGCGGCCGUAUCGCUGCUCAGACUGCGGGAAGACCUUCACUCAGAGGAGUUCUCUCCAGCGACACCAGCGACUCCACACAGAAGACAAGCUGUGUCACUGCUCAGGAUGUGGGCGGGGUUUCACUGAUUUAACUACAUUUCAGACACACGAGUGCACUUACACCGCAACAUCGGCUCCUGAGCUUGAUCUCGCUAAUCAGGAAUCGUGACUAUCGUCGUUUGUUGGGUUAGCGUGAUUACUGAACCGUUACCGUCACUCUCUUGUUGGAAGCAUCAGAAAGUAUUGUGUAUAAUAUUUUUUAUUUCAGCGUCUCUCUGAAUGCUUUCUAUUCCUUUGUAAAUAAAGUGUAUAGUCAAUACAAAACAUUUAUAAUCCUUGAAUAAACUAACUUAACCGA